AUGGCACCACGGCGAAGCAAUUCUAAAUUAUCGAAAGUUUCGGAUGGUCGCAAGCGCCCGGAGAAGACACCGGCAGCCGCCAAACGAAAACCUGCCCCGUUGGCCACGAAAUGGGAUGGGCGAGUGAAGAAAAAGCCUCGAAAUUUAACAUCCCCGGCUCGAACUAUGCAGGCGUCCGGCAGAGGACGUUUGCGGCCCGUCAUCCUAGACGCCUGCAAUAUUAGCUUCGUGCAGAGGUAUAUGCCGCGAUUUUCGGUAAACCGCCUUCGUAUGGCGAUUGAAUACUUCAAAAAGCUGGGCCACGAAGUACAUGCGGUGUUCCCGCGAUUCCACCUGUACACCAACCAGUGGAAUGACGUGGGCCAGCUGAAAGCUUUGUACAAAUCCGGAUAUCUGGUGGUGACCCCGUGCAAGGAGUCCCCGAACCCAAGAUCGCAGGUGUACGAAGAUCGCGUCAUUGUCGAAAUCGCCCACCGGUUCAAUUGUGCCGUGAUUUCGAACGACCAGUUUCGCGACAUUGCACAUGAAAACCCGAACUGGAGCGUGGUAGCCGCGCGCAAUCGAAUCCCAUUCGAUUGGCUCAAUAAUGACACGUUUUCAAUUCCAAAUUCGGGCUUCCGAGUGCUGCAAGAAGGUAGCUAA